CAGCUGCUUCUGUUUCAACAUGGGCUACUCCUCACCAAUGGAAUUAGAGAUCAAAUAGUUAAUCAUUGGUCUCCUGACAGCCAGCUUGUUCUUUUUUUUUUUGUUUAACUUUUGGCUGUUAAGCUAAUAAACUGCCUUACACCUCGAUCUGUGAACAGCUGAAAGUAAAAGUAUCUAGUUUCUGUCAGAGCUGAAACCUAAAGUUCCAGCUAUCCUUGUGCCAUGAUGGAUGAAACAUAUAACAACAGAACGUCACUGGUCAAAGGUGCCAAGGACAUCGCGAAAGAAGCCAAGAGGCACGCUGCCAAAAACUUCAACAAAGCCAUGGAUCAUGCUACAGAUGAAUACGCAGCUCAUCGUAGCUACAGUCGCUUUCAGAACGAAGAUGAAGAUGAACAUGACUACAAUGCUUAUACAGAGCAGGACGCCCACUACGACAACAAUGCAGCCAAUGACGAAGAGGAGGCUUCGAGUGAUGCCACAGAGGGCCACGAUGAUGAAGAUGAAAUCUACGAGGGCGAGUACCAAGGGGUGCCGGCCUACAGUGACAGCAAGACCCGUGACGGACAAGUGGCCCUGGGCCAGCCGGUGUCAGACAGCCUCAAGAGCCAAAAGGAGCUGGACAACGAGAGACAGGCAGAUGAGGAGGAGUUAGCCCAGCAGUAUGAGCUGAUCAUGCAGGAGUGCGGCCAUGGGAGGUUCCAGUGGCAGCUAUACUUUGUGCUUGGCCUGGCGCUCAUGUCAGACGGCGUGGAGGUGUUUGUUGUUGGGUUUGUCCUUCCUAGUGCUGAGACAGACAUGUGUGUCCCCAAUUCUGGUGCUGGAUGGCUCGGUAGCAUCGUGUAUCUGGGGAUGAUGUUUGGAGCCUUUUUUUGGGGGGGACUCUCAGACAAGGUGGGCCGCAGACAGUGCCUGCUCAUCUCCAUGUCUGUCAACGGUUUCUUCGCCUUCCUCUCCUCCUUUGUCCAGGGCUACAGCAUGUUCCUCUUCUGCCGUAUGGUGUCUGGCUUCGGGAUUGGUGGUGCAGUACCAAUCGUUUUCUCCUACUUUGCGGAGGUGUUGGCUCGAGAGAAGAGGGGUGAGCAUCUGAGCUGGCUGUGCAUGUUCUGGAUGAUUGGAGGAAUUUACGCCUCAGCCAUGGCUUGGGCCAUCAUCCCACACUAUGGCUGGAGCUUCAGCAUGGGUUCAGCCUAUCAGUUCCACAGCUGGAGAGUGUUUGUGGUGGUGUGUGCGCUGCCAUGUGUCUCUGCAGUAGUAGCCCUCACUUUUAUGCCUGAGAGUCCCCGAUUCUACCUGGAGAUGGGUAAACACGACGAGGCCUGGAUGGUGCUCAAACACAUCCACGACACCAACAUGCGCGCACGUGGAGAGCCAGAGAGAGUCUUCACUGUGAACAGGAUAAAAAUCCCCAAACAGCUGGACGAGCUGGUGGAGAUGCAGAACGAGUCAUCCAACCCUGUGCUUAAAGUCCUCUUCAAGAUAAAGGCUGAGCUUAGAGGAAUUUGGGCAACUUUCAUGAAAUGCUUCAAUUAUCCGGUGAAAGACAACACUCUGAAGCUGGCUGCAGUCUGGUUCACGCUGUCCUUUGGGUAUUACGGACUAUCUGUGUGGUUCCCCGACGUUAUCAAGCAUCUUCAGGCCGAUGAAUAUGCCUCCAGAGUGAAGAUCCACAACAAUGAACGGAUUGAAGAUUUCACCUUUAACUUCACCCUGGAGAACCAGAUCCACAGAAAUGGGGUUUUUCUCAACGACAGGUUCAUCACUAUGAAGUUCAAAGCUGUCACAUUCAUCGACUCAUCUUUCCUCAACUGUUAUUUUGAAGACGUCUCCUCCGUGGGAUCGUUCUUCAAAAACUGUACCUUUGUAGACUCCUUCUUUUACAACACAGACAUUGAUGACUCAAAGCUUACAAAUUCACGAGUGAUCAACAGCUCCUUCCACCACAACAAGACGGGUUGUCAGAUGACAUUUGACGAUGACUACAGCGCUUACUGGGUCUAUUUUGUCAACUUCCUGGGAACGCUGGCCGUGCUGCCAGGAAACAUUGUCUCUGCCCUCCUCAUGGAUAAAAUAGGACGCCUGAGCAUGUUAGGAGGCUCCAUGGUGCUGUCAGGUAUUAGCUGUUUCUUUCUUUGGUUCGGCACCAGUGAGUCGAUGAUGAUCUUCAUGCUCUGUCUCUACAAUGGCCUCAGUAUCUCAGCAUGGAACUCUCUGGAUGUGGUCACCACUGAGGUGUACCCAACAGACAGAAGGGGUACAGGCUUUGGCUUCUGUAACGCCAUGUGUAAACUGGCAGCGGUGCUCGGCAACCUGAUCUUUGGCUCGUUGGUUGGCAUCACGAAAGCGAUCCCCAUCCUGCUGGCAUCGUCUGUGCUGGUUGGCGGCGGGUUGGUGGGCCUCCGACUGCCAGACACACGGGCCAAUGUCCUUAUGUGAACCUCAACAUAGAAAAGUAUGCUGUUUAUCUGGCAUUUACUCAGCUCAUGGAAAAACAAAUCUUUUUAUUUAUUUAAAUUUAAUUUAUUUAAAUACCUCUUAAAGUGCUGCUCUUAUCAUUCUUGCAUUUAUGAUUUGAUAAAUGCUGUUGCUUCAGUGAUUGAUAUUCUGUUAUAGCUGAGUAAAUAACCUGGUAAAACAGUUUAUGUUCUUACAGCGCUGUAGGUCGGCAGAGUUUAAAGACCACUAUUUGACGUAUGGAGUUGUUUGAGCUGUACGGUUGGUUGGUGGUGCUCUGGGAAUUCAAAAA